AUGGAUACCCAUGAAGCGAGUGCACUACCGGACGUAGCGAGCAUAGUGGUGAGAGUCUUGCUUCAAAUGCAUGCGAAGAAGACACGUGUAUUUGUAAUUGGAUGUUCAAAUCGGAUAGAGCUCGUAGACUUGGCAUUGUUACGUCCAGGAAGAUUCGAUCAUGUUCUGGAAUGUGGCAUACCAAAUGAGAAAAAUCGAAACGAAAUUCUGAAGGCUAUCCUGCGUUCGGUGAAUCAUAAUCUAAAUGCGUUUGGUGAUGAAUGGGCUGAACGUACUGCAGGCUGGACUGCCGCUGAUUUGAGAGCUUUGGUUACAAACGCUCAGUUCGAUGCACGGAUACCAGACGCAUGCCAUGCAUUGCAAGAGCUUGUUCACACCAUGCCGUUCACUGUGCAGUUUGGCGGGCAAUCGUUGCGUUAUCGUCACGCUGUCGUCUUUACAAAGUUGGAUGUACAGUCGGCCAUCAAAGUACACGUAGAAGCAUUCACAAAUCAGCAACAAGGCGAUGUACCUAUAAGGAACUUCAACAUGGAAAACGUUUUCAAUAACACUCGACCUAUGCGACAGCCACUUCAAGGAAGAAGUGGUCCUGGAGAAAAGUUCACUCUUCAGUAA